CUCCGCGAACACAGUGGAUGAAGAUCUGGCAGCCGCUUGCUGUGAAGCCUUGUUUGGUCCUGCGGCUCCGCAACCUUUGCCGGCGUGCGGAGAUUUCUUGAGGACUGCUGCGGCCGCCGAAGCUCGGGAAGAGCCCGGCGCUGGUCUCGGACACCGCCAGCUACCGCCGUGCCCCCGAAUCCUGAACCGGGGGCCGGGCGGGGCCUACACAUCCGGCCCCACCCACUCGGGCCUCGCCACCCCGGAGCCCUAACUCGGGGUGGCGGACACACGCCCCCCACCCGGCCCUGUUCUUUGCCCUCGCCCACCUUUGAUUUCUUGUCUGUCUUCCAGCCUCGCUGUUUCCGACAUUGUACUAAAAAAGGAAUGCAUUCUGGAAAACCACGUUGCGGGGACACAUUUUGUUUGGAGAAGAGGCCAGUUUUUGGCACUUAGGAUGCACAUUCCAUUUUCAGGAGCCUACAUUAAAUUUAGCUGAUCAGUCUGGAGUACCCUGUUUCUGCUGUCACUGUCGUUUUUAGCGCCCUACGCCCCCAAACUUCCAAGAACAUUAAGCAGGGAGCUCUUGAAGGGAUUUUGGGAGCCUCCACUUUGAGCUAGACGAGGUUGACACGUAGAUUGGAGCAUGGCUGCAGUCCAGGACCCUCAGACCGACGCGUCCCUGGAGGUAGAAGGGUGCCUAAUAAUGAAGGUGGAAAAGGAACCCGAGUGGGCAUCGGAGUCCAUUUUGGAAGGAUCGGAUAACUCUGAAUCUGAGACCUUUCGCAAAUGCUUCAGACAAUUCUGUUAUGAGGAUGUGACUGGACCCCAUGAAGCUUUCAGUAAACUCUGGGAACUUUGCUGCCGAUGGCUGAAGCCAGAAAUGCGUUCCAAAGAGCAGAUCCUUGAGCUCCUGGUGAUUGAGCAGUUUCUCACCAUUUUACCAGAGAAGAUUCAGGCUUGGGCACAGAAGCAGUACCCGGAAAGUGGAGAGGAGGCGGUGGCCCUUGUAGUACAUUUGGAGAAAGAGACUGGAAGACUAAGACAGCAGGUCAGCAGUCCUGUGCACUCAGAGAAGCAGGCCCCACUUGGAACAGUGUGGGAGGUGGCAGACUAUCAGCCAGAACAGGUGGAGACUGAGCCCAGGGUCAUAUCUCGGGAGGAACCUGGAAGCCUCCACUUAGGAUGCCAGGAGCAGCUGAACCAUAAGAGAGAGCAUCGGUUCUUACCCAAGAAUGCUCAGCCUUCUCCCUGGGUUCCUGCCCAUGCUGAAGAAUGGAACAUCAGAGAUCAGGAAGUGAUGACCACACAUGUUCCUGGGGGGUUGCAGGAACCAUUGAAAGAUGUCCACAUGGUGAGGGGUUUCUCCUACAAAAAGAAUAUGCAUCAGAUUCCUGACCUCUACUGGGAUAACAGGAAGGAGAGAGUUGGGAACAUGGUAUCUCUGGGUAAUACAGGGUCUGUAUCUAGUAAGAUAGCCCAGUUGGAGCAAAGAAAGGAGCCAUGGACCAUACAUCUACAUUCCUCUAAUAAGAGGAAGAUCCUACAAAGCAAUUACAUCAAGGAAAAGUCAGUCCAUGCUGUUCAAAUCUCUACAAGAAAUGCGGGAAAAAUGUGGAGAGAACAACAACAGUGGGGUUUAGAAGAUGAAAAAAUUGCAGGCGUACAUUGGAGCUAUGAAGAAACUAAGACUUUUCUUGCAAUUCUCAGAGAAUCUCGCUUUUAUGAAACACUUCAAGCCUGUCCCCGAAACAGCCAGGUAUAUGGUGCUGUGGCUGAAUGGUUGCGAGAAUGUGGCUUCCUCCGAACACCAGAACAGUGUCGGACCAAGUUCAAAAGUCUCCAGAAGAGCUAUCGAAAAGUGAGAAAUGGCCACGUACUAGAGCCCUGUGCCUUCUUUGAGGAUAUGGAUGCUUUGUUAAACCCUGCAGCCCAGGCUUCAUCCAACAAUAAGCCAAAAGAGAUAAUAUCGCUCCCUAGACUAAAGAGAAUUGGCAUCAGUGCUAAAGAACAGAUCAGUUUGGUGGAGGAAGAAGAAGCCUUAGAAGAAUCUGAUGGUGAUGAAAUGGGCAUUGAAUUAAUCCGGAAAUCUGAAAUUCGUGGUGCUCCUGUCUUGUUUCAAAACCUGAGUGGUGUGCACUGGGGCUACGAGGAAACCAAAACUUUUCUUGAUAUCCUCCGUGAGACUCGGUUUUAUGAAGCGCUUCAAGCCUGUCAUCGGAAGAGCAAAUUGUAUGGGGUGGUGGCUGAACAACUGCGGGAGUGUGGCUUCCUCCGGACACCAGAACAAUGCCGGACCAAAUUCAAAAGCCUUCAGAAGAGUUACCGCAAAGUGAAAAAUGGUCAUGUCCUGGAGUCCUGUGCAUUCUAUAAGGAGAUGGAUGCCCUGAUUAACUCUCGGGCAUCUGCUCCUUCCACCAGUGUCCCAGAAGAAGUCUCAUCACCCUUAACGCAAGAACAAGGGGGUUUUGAGAUUGAGUCUGAGGAGCCUACAGACUGGGAGCCUGAGGAAACCUCACAGGAGGCAAUAGUAGAAGAUUCUGGCAGUGAGAGAAUGAGUGAGGAGGAGGAAAUUGAACAAGAGUCAGAAUUCCAGGGACCUCUGGGUCUACUGCAAAGCCCAAGUGAUUUUGAAAUUGGAAGUAGUGUCAAGGAGAAUGCAACACAGGCAAUAUAUAAGGACAUGGAACAGCAUGGGGCAUUAAUAGGAGAAUCUAAAAGGAUUGUUUCCCAGAAUACUGAUCCAGGUAAAUAUCACAAAAGGGAAUGCAUCUCAGGAAGACAAUGGGAAAAUCAUCAAGGAAUUAGACAGGGAAAGCUGAUGUCUCAACCUAGAGAUUUAGGGAAAGCUGUAGUGCAUCAGAGGCCUUUCAUGGGGAAGAGACCCUACAGACUUCUCAGAUAUGGAGAAAGCUUUGGAAAGAGUGCUCGUCUUAUGUGCCGGAUGACCCACCAGAAGGAAAAUCCAUAUAAGUGUAGUGUCUGUGGGAAGUGCUUUGGUAGAAGCAGGAGCCUUAUCAGACACCAAAGAAUCCACACAGGAGAAAAACCUUUUAAAUGUCUCGAGUGUGGAAAAAGCUUUAAUGACUCUUCUAACUUUGGUGCCCACCAGAGAAUCCACACAGGAGAGAAACCCUACAGAUGCAGAGAGUGUGGAAAGUGCUUCAGUCAAAGCUCGAGUCUUAUUAUACAUCAGAGAACCCACACUGGCGAGAAGCCUUAUCAGUGUGGAGAGUGUGGGAAAAGUUUUACUAAUAGUUCUCAUUUCAGUGCCCACCGGAGGGUCCACACUGGCGAGAAUCCCUACAAAUGUGUGGAUUGUGAAAAAAGUUUCAAUAACUGUACAAGAUUUCGAGAGCAUCGGAGAACUCACGCUGGAGAGAAGCCCUAUGGAUGUGCCCAGUGCAGUAAACGUUUCACCAAGAGUUCUGUUCUUAUGAAACACCGGGAAGUUCACAUACGAGAGAAGCUGCUACCACACUCUCCGUCUGUGUUUUCCCCAGAAAACCCACAUAAGGGAAAGACUGAUGAGUUCAGGAAAACUGUUUGAUGAUGAUCCUAUCUCUUCCCUUCCUAAAUGUCCAUGUAGCCAUUUUACCCUAAUCUCAUUCUUGAAAGCAAUCUUUUCUUAGCUAUAAGAUGUAAUUCCCAAGGUAAACUUCAGAAUGCAGAUAAACGAGAUUUGGAUCCUGUUCUCACCUCUGCCUCUAACUUGAUCAGUCUUUUCCUUUCCUUCUAUAUGUGUCAGCUUCUCCUUUAAUAAAGUGGAGAAGAUAUAUGGUCUGAGGUCAGAAUGAAAUUAUUCUCCUUAGUAUAUUAAGGCCAUUGCUGUCCAACUGCUAAUUCCAGCAACACUCAGGAUCCUUCAGUAUAGAUGAGAGUUGUUUUCAUGAAGAAACAAAAGGCUUUUUUUUCAUCAUCUCCUGCAUGAGAUCCUGGGUGCAGUUUGAUCACAGAAUUUCAUGUUUGCAUAGAACUUUCAGGAGUCUGAUCAGAAAUAGAUCAAAUCCAUUUUAGUUUUGAAGAUCACAAAAGGAGAUAGAAGAUUUCAUAGCUUCCUUCAGAAGUCUGUGGAAAUGUACCUUUUCUGAGUCAGGAAAGUGAUCCAAAUAGCUAGAGUAGUAUCCCUGUAUUGUCACUGAAAUCACAUUACUAAUGUCUUGAUGAGAAGCAAGGAUCACCUAUCAGCCUUUAUAUACUAAGCUUUCCUAUACCUGAAGACUUAAAUUUCCUUGGCUGCUGCUUCUCCAGCCUAUAAGUAAUCACAUUUCCUUUUAUAUCUAAGUCCUCUACUUACCUCCUAAUUGUCUUGAGUGCUCUUGUCUGACUCUUCUGAACUACCAUGCCCUUUUCAGAUUGAAUAGGAUGCCUGCUUAUGGUGUGUCUCAUCCAAAUAAAGUAGAAUUUCUUACAGAUUCUAAUUCUACCCUAUAACCCCUCUGGUUCUCAUCUAGAACAUAACUGGUAUGUUGGUGUGUUUUAUGCAUCUCACCCAUGUACCUCAGUGUAAUAUUAUGUAAUAGAAUUUUUAAAACUUUAAGGGGGUGGGGAGGUAGGAGGUAGAGACCUGAAACAUCUAAUUUUUUUAAGACUAGUUGGACUUCAUAGUCUUGCUUUAGAUCUGAUAGCCACCUCAAUCCAGACCUGUACCUCCAGGGCUGGCUUAUUAGUAUACCAGUCCAUUUCUGUGGCUUCUAGUUCCUGUUCAUAAAGUCAUAAACCUAACUGUAGAGCCUGAAUAAUUUAUACAGCUCUGUAGCCCACUGACUGAAAGUGGAAAUAUUUCCAGCAACUUCCAAUUCAGAAUACUGUUUUUGUUUCUCUCAUUUACCAGUUUGUCUGAAAAUCUAUUUGAUAAUCCCAUAGUACUACCUUGAUAAAUACUGAAGGAAGAAUUUUGAUGGGGGAAUAGUUAAUUCAUGUACAGAAGUUAUAGAGGAAACCCAGGAAUUUGAUCAUCCAAGACUGGUUGCUGCAGGAUGAGGCCAAUUGUAUUUGUACCCUACAUAAGUAGGUAACCCAGAGUGGCUUUACUUGGGGAAUGAAGUCUUAAGUUCAGUAGAAAGAUAACCAGAGUCAGAACUGCAUGUGACUAAUUCUCUUAGUCUUACCUCUCCUUCCUUUUUCAAAAUUCUCUUAUUUGAAGAUAUCUGGAGAUAAUAUUUUUCCUUUGAAUCUUUUGAAACUUGUUCAGCAGAGCACCAAGGAGCAUAGGCACUGUUGAAAGAAAUCCAACUUAGUGCCAGAAUAGGGUGUGGCCUCUUAGAAGGCAGGUGACUCAGGUAAACAUUGAUAAAUGUUUUUGAUUUGCAUUUGUCAGAAAUAUUAUGAUUGUUCACGUCUGAAUAGUUUGAUUUCCUCUGUGUUGUCUGAAUUGUAGACUUUGAAUUGUAAGUGCAGUUUCAUGUUGGUAGUGUACCUAGCAUAGUAAUAUGUGUGGUGUUGGUGGGCUUGUGCUUAUAUUGUGUAGAUGUUCUGGAAUUCCAAUUCUAGAGAAGAUGCACAUCAAUAGAAAUCAUCACUUAGUAAUAUGUAUACAGGAUUGAUAAUUACAUGGAAGCAUGGUUCAGGAAAGUAGAUGAUCUAUUCAUAAAUAUUUAUUAAGCACUAAUAUGUGUAAGGCUGUGUUCUAGGCACAGUGAGGGAUAUGGAAAUGAAAAUGGAGACAUGGUCCUUGUACUUAAGGAACUGACCAAGUAAGUAAUUGCAAUGAAAGGUAAUACCAGUUGCAUUCAUAUAAAUUCAUAAAAGGUCAAUAACUCAGUCAUGAGAAAAUCACCUCCUAUUGCAAAAGAGUGUCUCUAGAUUGUCUAAAGUCACAUUCCCUAUUUCUCUCUCUCAAUCUUCUCCAGUGUCAGGAAAGGUUUAAGACCCAUUCCAUCUCCAGUGGAAUGAACUGAUUCUAUCUAAGUCUCAUAUUUCUAGGAUCAAGCUGAGAUAGAAUUUUGAUUCCCUUACCUAUAUUCAUAAUUGUAGAUGGGCUGUUUAAACAUGUAUUAAAUUGACUUAAUGAAUUUUGUCUCUGUUCUAAAGAAAUAGAAGUUCCUACUCACCACUAGAUCUAGGUUACUUGUCUUCUUGCAUUUUCUCUUUUUAGUUGGGGCAUGAAAGUCAAAAUGAAUUACCAUAUUCUCUUGUUAAUGUGUCUUUUCUAUCAUGUAACAUUGCCGUUAUGAUGACUGAUAGGCAAAGUUUUUUUUCUAGGUCUCAAUUCAGAGGAAGUCUCUAUUCUUAAACCAAAAAAAAAAAAAGUUAUCUUACAAACACUGUGAUCUUUGUAACUCCUUUUCUCUCGUUUGGGUUUUCCGGAAAGCUCAGCAAAACUUUCAGCCCAUGUCAACCAACUCUCAGUCAACCAUCUAAAACCUGUAUUUAUUUAAUUCUGUCUUAUUUAUUUGGAAACUGUCUCAAAUUGUUUUUGAAAAGAGGUACAAAUAAAUAGACAUUUUAUUCUGUGACCUCUUACCCAAGGCACUUUGGAAACUGGGCUUGUAUUUCCUGCCUAGGCUUGCUUUGUUACUUCUACAGAUACCUCCAAUUUAUACCAGUGAUUUUAUUACUCGUGCAACCUAAUUCAUUCAUCUAAAAAGAAACCUUAGUUUUCUAAAAAGGAAAAACAUCACACAUAUACUUAAUAGCUCAGGGCAGCCUGCUGUGGUGGAAUGAGCAUUAGAACAGAAGCCAAAAGAGACAAGUUCUUGUCUUGUCAUUACUACUUAUUGAAUGUUGUUUGAUAAAGCAUAUUUUCUGUCUUGACUUUAUUCCUCAUCUGAAGAGAAGUUGAGCUUGAUUGCUAAGAUUGCACUGGCUCUAAUGUUUCAUGAGGCUAAGAAUGCAUGGUGUAGAUGAGGAGGAGGUUGUAAGACCAGGUUACCUGGCCUUAUUGAACACUGCAUGCAGCAUCUGGGCCAUUUCAUACUUGAGAAAAGAGGACUAUUGUUACAGCAAAGUCAGUUCAGGAUCUUGCUCAGUAAGAGGAAGGGACAAAUCACUCAUGUUCAACAGCAGGCAGCCCUGGGGGCAUCUCAGUAGCCAAUAGUAGGUAGCUACAGUGAUAAAAUGCCUAUUUUUUGAGAUCUGGUGCUCAAUGACAGACAAAAUUCAACUAUGAGGAGCUUCAGAAGCCCCAAAUGGAAGAUGUGUCUGUGUAACUUGUGUAGCUUAUAAACCUUUGCGUCUGUCUUAAUGCAUUCCAAGACCAAAUGUAAAUGUAUGUCCCAGUUGUUUUGUAUUAAUGUAGACUUAGCUGUCUUCUUGAAAACUUGUGUGAAAUAAAUGUCUAAAAUAAA